AAAUAUGCCUAGGCUGGUAGUUAUCGUUUCUUCCUGCUAGAUCUUCUUUAGCAUCUUUUUACUUUCUGUUCACACACUGCUCGCCUUCCAUCAUAAUAUUCAAGAUGGCUGAAGCUAUUGCGACUUUUGGCCUAGCAGUCAAUAUCAUGCAAGUUGUCGGAGUCGGUGCCAAGUUUGUUGAUCUUGCUUGGAAGAUAUGGCGCUCCGAGAAGGAUAUUGCGGACGAAUUUACUACGUCGUAGUCCAUUUCGCGAGAUCUGAAGGCGGCCCUACAACAGAUCCCCAUGACCACAUCGUCGCCUCGAGACCCGGCCGAAGAUGAAACCAACAGCAGAAUCGUCGCGCUGGCCAAAGAUUGCGUGAAGAUUGCUCAGCAGAUAAUUGAUUCGUUGAAUUACCUUGGAAUCACCGAUUGUCCUCGCAAGGGUAUUCGCAAGCGGAAGGCCUUGGUGAGCGCCUUCAAAAUCCAAUGGGGCAAUGAGAAGAUCGUGGCCCUGCAAACUCAGCUGGAUCAAUACAGGAACCAAAUAAUGUUGGGAUUGAAUAUUUCUCUCAGGUUUUACGCCACCAAGUCACUGCACAAUCAAGACCUAAUAUUGCAGCUUCUGCAGUCUCGAAGUAAUAACGACCAGCUACGGAGGAAUGGAAGUUCUACGGUAAACCGUCACGAGGGCUUGGGGUCGGCAUUAGUCGAGUAUCUCAAGCAUGCAGUCGCUACGCCCGAGUCCGAUAACGCAGAGAGAACGUUUCGUAACGAUCUGCUCGGCGCCGUCUAUGUUUCUGCCAGGCCCUCUAGCAACGAUGCCUCUGCUUUCGAACUUACGGAAGCUCGAAAGCUAGCCCUCCACAACAAGUUCAUUUUGAGUCUACAUUAUGACGGUAUACGCGACCGUGAACUUAGGAUCGCAGAGGCCCACCAAGAAACGUUCCGCUGGAUCUUUGACCCCGAAGAUGACCAACGCCGCCCCUGGGCUAACUUUCGCCACUGGCUCCAGUCAGACGAGCAAUUAUACUGGAUCACUGGGAAAGCAGGGGCCGGCAAAUCGACGCUAAUGAAAUACAUCUCCCAGCCCGCCUCAUCUGGAGAAGCAGGUCGUUCGCACGACGGGGAGUCUCGUUGCACGGAAUAUCUACUUCGGUGGGCCAGAAAAAAACCAUUAAUAGUGGCUUCGUUCUACUUCUGGGCGGCUGGUUUCAAAAUGCAAACGUCAAGGGAAGGUCUCUACCGUACUUUAUUAAGCCAGAUUUGUCAGAGCUGCCCCGAGGCCAUACCUUAUGCUUCGCCGGAAAGGUGGGAAGCCCUGUGUCUUUGCAACGAGGAUCCGAAGCCGUUCGACGAAAUCGAACUGCGAAACAUCUUGGAUAGCGUGAUUAAGUUCGUCAGUUCUACCAAGAGUUUGUGUUUAUUCAUCGACGGGCUUGACGAAUUCAACGGCACCCACGGUGACUUAAUUGAAUUCGUCAAGAAUAUGAUAGAGACGCUACCAGUAAAGAUCUGUGUAGCAAGUCGUCCUUGGGUGGUUUUCGAAGCUGCUCUCGAGGGAAAACCAAGCCUCAUGAUUGAAGACCUCACGUUCGACGAUAUUAAACGUUAUGUUACGUCUAGAUUUGAAUCCGACGCCGAAUUUGUAUCGCUUCAAAACCGUGAGAUUGAGCUCGCUCGAAAUCUCAUCGAGGACGUUGUACGAAAGGCUUCGGGAGUUUUUCUCUGGGUCAGCAUUGUUGUGUCAUCUCUUCUGGAUGGGAUUAAAUACGGAGAUCGAGUUUCUGACCUACAAAGACAGCUUUCUCAACUUCCCCCCGACUUGGAGUCAUUAUAUGACAGGAUUCUUAGCAACCUAGAUCCUUUCUAUCUCGAACAUGCGGCCCAAUAUUUCCAUCUGAUGACUGCCUGCGAGCGACUACCUGAAGCACUGUUAUUGUCUUUUGCUGAUGAGGAAGAGCCUGACUUUGCAUUUAAACUUCCCAAUACCCGUGUAUCCCAUGAGCAUGUAGCCAUUCGGAUUGAAAGUAUAAGAAAACGGCUAAACUCCCGUUGUAAGGGGUUUGUCUACAUUCCAAAAUUAGGUCAAGAGCCAUCGUAUCAUGAGCUUCGCACUGUUACAGCCCAGUACCAUCAUAGAACCGUCAAGGACUAUGUUGAACAACCCAAAAUACAAGAGAAGAUCUUAGGAAUGAUGAAAGGACCAUUCGAUCCGUAUCUGAAAUUGUGCUCCGGGUCCUUAUCUAUGUAUAAAGCUGUUGGAUAUAUUCAGGGCACAUUGCGGUCAAUGAGGAACCACAGUGGGACCCUUGAAGAAGGAUUUAGGUUCGACGAAAGAAUUUGGAGGGAUCAUGUCCCGCUGAAGGCACAUCGUGUCUUUCUAGGAAUGCGGUUAGGAUAACUCUUUAUGGAUCAUCGGAUGAGAUAUAUAACGAGGAUAUGCAAGAAGAACGCAAUAUAAACAACAUUUAAUUUGGUACGGCGGUUAGGUCUUAAGAUACAUAUCUUGGAUUUUCUACAAAUAGGUCCUGAUUUCACCUUCUCUAGAAGGAGAACCAAAGACCUUAAAACCCUAGAGAAUUAUUAGGAAGUUGGGUAUACGUUCUAAGCCCUUAUA